GCAAGCAAUAUCUUAUUGGGAAAAUAAUUAUUUUAAACCAAAUAAUGAAAUAUUUACCUAUUAAUUUUCUUUUGAUAAUAGUUGCAUUUGCACUUAUUGCCGUAGAUGCAAAAUUUCCUGAUGAUCCCCAACCUUGCAAAUUUGGUGACUCUAAUUGUAUUAUACAAUCUUUUAAUUACUAUUUAGCAGAGCAGUCUAAUGGCGACAGCUCUAUUGCAUUGGUAAAUAUCAAUCCUUUAAAAAUAAAAAAGAUUAUUAUAGAACAACACGGCGAAAGUCCUGUGAAUAUUAAAUUAACAUUUUUAAAUAAUUAUUUGUAUGGCUUAAAUACAACACGUGCUUACAAAUCACGUAAAGGAUUUGGUAAAGACUUAACUAAGAAAAUCGAAAUCCGUUUGAAAUCAGAUAUACUUAUGAUGAUUGGUGACUACGAAGUCGAUGGUAAAAUUUUAGUAUUACCCAUAACCGGAAAGGGCAAAAGUAACUUAACUCUAAUUGAUAAUGAUUGCAUAAUGCAAUUUAGUGGUACUCCUUAUCGAAAGAAUGGUGACACUUAUAUGAAGGUUAAUAACAUGAAAUUACGUUUUAAACCCAAACAGUUGUAUAGUGAUUUCACCAACCUCUUUAACGGGGAUAAGGAGUUAGGGGACAAUAUGAAUCUGUUUUUAAAUGAAAACUGGAAGGCAAUAUUUGAUGAAUUGCACGAUAAGAUUGCUGAAGCGUUUGCUAGAAUUUAUGAGAGUGUUAUAACAAAUGUUUUUACAAAAUAUCCAUAUGAAAAAUAUUUUAUAGAGUAAUUCAUAAUAU